AUGUCUUAAAAGGCUUAUCAAAGUAUAAUGGAUGCGAACAUUUCUGCUACUUAAUUAUUAUAAGAAGGUAAAUAAGAAUAAAAUAAAAAUUAGAAAAAUAUAAUUAGGGAUAUUAAAUAUUAAGAAGAAUAGAAACUACUUUGAAAUAAGAAAAGGAAGCUCCUACUAUUCCAUUAUCAUAAAUUAAUCAUCUUCUCUCUGUAGUAACAAAUAAUAUUGGUUGUUUUUAUUAUAUGUAAUUUUAAUUCAUUAUAACAUCAGGGUUGACAAAUUUCAAGCAGCUGAAAAAUAUCUCAAAUAAUCUAUUGAAUAUUUACAAUUAUCUAUUCCAGAUGAAACAUUACUUAUUACAUUAAUUAAUUUAGUUAUUCUCUUUAUUAAAAAUGAGAAAUAUUCAGAAGCUAGUAGAUAUAUAGAAUAAAGCUUUACUGAAUUAAAUUAAUUGCAAGAUUAAUAACUUAAUCCAAAAAUUAGAUUAUUUUUAGGUGAUCAUUCUUCUAUUAUGACUUUACAAUCAUUAGAAGCCAUAUUAUUAUUUUAUAGUGGAUUAACAUUUUAUGAAUUAGGAUAAUCAAAUAAUGCUCUCUAAGCUUGGAAAAAAGUACUUGAUAUUUUACAAUCAAAUACAAAAUCACCUUAUUAUAUAUUAACUAAAUCAAAAAUUCAAAAUUUAGAGAUUGAAAAUGUAGCUAAAAAUAAUAAAGGAAAUUUAUAUUCUAGUAGAUCACAUCUUAAGUCAGAUAGAAUCAAUAAAAUUUUAGAAUAAUAUUCUAAAGAUAAUGAAAAAUAAAAUUAAUAAAGUUUUCGUUUAUUAAGUUAAAAAAUAAAAAAAAAAGUAAAUUUAAUAAUAUAAAAAGAUAGGUAAUGAUAUUAGUGAGUAUCAAUAACCAAAAUGGUAAAAUAAAAUUGAACAUAAUGAAAAGAAAAUUGAAAUUAAUAAUUAUUUUACUGAUUAAAAGAAAAUAUAAGUAUAAAUUAAUGUGAAAGAUCUUUUGCAUUAAAAAUCUAUUACUUAAAGAGAUAAAAAUAGAGAUAUACCUCUCAGUUCUCAUACUUCUAGUGUCAAUUAAUAAAUUAAUAAAGCAUUAAAAAAGAGACCAACAUAACAUAUUGAAAUUAUUGAAAAGUUAAAUAAAACACACAAUGAAAUCUAUAAAAGUUAUUUAGCACAAAGAAGUAACAAUGGAAGUAAAACUUAACGUGGAGAUUCAAGUAUUUAUUUAAUUUCUAAAAUUUAGAUAUUGAUAUUAGAAUUAAAGUCAAUGAUAAAAGUUCUCAUUCUUAAAAUACUAUUCAAAAUAAUAAAAGUCAUGAUAAAAAGUCUGUUGAUCUUAGAGAAUCCCCUGAAUUAUGUGGAAGUCCUUAAUAAUUUUUUAAUAUGCUUUCAUCUACAUAAAGUGUAAUUAAAAGUCAAUUGAUGAGAUCAGGUAGUUAAGGAAGUGUAUCUUAAACAUCUCCUUUUAGAUUAGCUUAGAGUUAAGGGGAUCAACCAAAAAAUACAUCUAAAUUACCUUUUGAUUAUGCAAAAACUCAUCGACCUAUGGUUGAUACUUAUGACAAAGCAAUAAAAGAAUUAUAUUAAAAUUAAUAUAUUCAAAUUGAGAACAAAAAGUUCAAUAAGAUUUAUGAUUUAGCUCAAAGUGUUAAAAAUAGAAUAUCCAAUAUUAAUAGAAUGCUAAUCCAAUAAGAAAAAAAUCAAUAAGUCCUUUAAAAGAAAUUUUAAUAAGAGUUUAAUUAAUCUUAAGAUGAAGAUAGUUGUGAGACCAUCAUAAUCAUGGACUGA